CAAAGGACAAGUAAGGAUGACUAAGCGCAGGGAUCCUGUAUUUACGAUCUUUACCGCUUCCCAAUUAGGCCAGCAACGGCCACGUAGAUCAAAAGUGGAGAGACCCCGCACGAGGAUCUGUAGAAGGGGCCAAUUCUUUUAAUCAAACCACCACAUCUUUCUCUCUUAAUCUUGUUGAUAGUAUUCGCACACAUUAUGCCAAAGUUAUCAUGUCUACUCCAGCCUCUAAAGUUGAAUACUCUAAGAGGUUUCCGUCGUGGCCGGAAGAUUCAUUAUCACAAAGGACUGACCGAGUUGGCUCCGGUAGCACUUGGGGCAUACGAGAAAUAGGUACCUUCCAAGUGUUGCGUAGAGCGCCAAUUUACGGAAUACCACUAUGGCUUGAGGAAUACAAAGAGGAAGCAAGCGCGCGUGUUGAAGAGAAUGAAUGUUUACAGUCUGUUCUUCGGCUGUUCGGCACGAAUUGGCGUAAUCUCACACACGAAAAGCUUACACGAUCUGCUGGACCAUUGUCAUCAUUUGUUAAGCUCUUAGCACAAGUACUUGAGACCCCCGUUGCUCCUGGUCCUCAAAGAGUAUUGAGGGCACGAACAGAACUCCAAAUGCCCGCGCCUAGCAAUGCUCCCGGCCCCCCCCCUUCACCUUCGUCUGAGUCAUCUUCCUCCUCUGCAGAGUAUCCCAGCAAAAGAGCUCGGACAGAUCAAUCUCCCGGAUACUUACCUUCUGACCAGAGCGACCAGUCAACAUAUGAUCAGCAAGCGAAGUCAGAAAUUACUGCAAACUCAUGUAUAUAUGAGCUUUGUUCCGCUGUAAUCGAGAUUUCGAGGAAAGAGACUGACCCACCUUUCCGACUGGAGUGGACUGUUACAAACGACACUAUCACCGUUCAAGCAGCAUCGCACAAAUACUCUACUAAAAACGAUGGUACUCUCGUACACAAAGAACAUCAGGAUGGGACCUGGCGACGUGUUUCCAAUCAUUCAUACUGCUCUAUCGAAGUGAGUUCAAUGCUAAUCUCACAUCGAUCUCAAUAUUAAUCCGUCAUAUAGGCGAAAUCGUGGCACGACACCGUAGAGAAACCUUUCGGCGUCCAAGCUCAAGAAGCUGCGCAUAUGAUCGCUAUGUUUUCUCAACGUGUACCAACCGAUGGCCAUCUUCAACAUAAUACAAUGUAAGAUCUUCAUAACACUUAAUCAUUACGUGCUAAAAGAAAUAGCAUACCUCUGGUGUGCGGCGCCCAGAACUUGUUUUCUUUGGUUCUUGGGGAAUUUCCAAUCGAGUACCAGCAGUAUCUCCGCGAUGGCUCCCAGUCUGAAACGCCAGCAUUUGCAGAAAUUAGGGAAUAUGGCAUGUUCAAUUUGCAACGCCCUGAUCAUCUAAAGGUUGUGUUUGUACUCAUCAUUGCUCUAAAUCUUAAAUUACAAAGUCUUGGGCCAAUGUCUUGAUGGUUAAGUUUUAGUUAAUAUAAUUAUGUCUGGAGCGUUUUAUUGAACUUCUAAGUCCUAAUACCCUCACUUUUGAAUUACUUCUCUUUUGAAUCACUCUUUUAUGUCAAAA